AUGCAAGCCUUGACCCCAAGCUCUGGGACCAGCAUCGAGCGACCUGGUGAGGAUAUCAUAGAGAAGGAUGAGAGCUCGCCCAUCGACAUACAACCCUCACCGAUCGUCCGGGAAGUUGAGGUACUCAGAGAACGCGAUGAAGCUAACGGUGGUAAACCUCGGAGGCUCGGUGUGACAUGGAACAACCUCACCGUCAAGGGCAUCAGUAACGAUGCUGUGUUCAACGAGAAUGUUUUGUCACAAUUCAACGUCUUUGGAAGGAGAGAAGGUGCCCCGCCGAUGAAGACCAUCAUUGAUGAGUCUUUUGGAUGCGUAAAACCUGGAGAGAUGCUGCUCGUUCUCGGAAACCCAGGUGCCGGUUGCACCUCACUGCUGAGCAUGUUGUCGAACCACCGGCUAGGCUACGCUGAAGUCAACGGUGACGUUUCAUUUGGAUCCAUGUCUAGCGAAGAAGCCAGCGCAUAUCGGGGCCAAAUAAUCAUGAAUACGGAGGAGGAGAUCUUCUUUCCAACGUUGACUGUCGGAGCCACCCUUGACUUUGCAACACGUAUGAAGGUUCCGUUCAACCUCCCACCAGACACACAAUCUACCGACGACUAUGCACGAGCAUACAAAGAGUUCCUGCUCAAGUGCUUGGGUAUCGAGCACACUCACGACACCAAGGUUGGAGACGCAUUUGUCCGCGGUGUUUCAGGCGGAGAACGAAAGCGCGUCUCCAUUCUUGAAUGCCUUGCCACUCGUGGUAGCGUCUUCUGUUGGGAUGAUUCAACACGGGGCCUCGAUGCCGGAUCCGCAUUGGACUGGGCCAAGGCCAUGCGCGCUAUGACUGAUAUUCUCGGCUUGACUACGAUCGCGACGUUGUAUCAAGCUGGCAAUGGCAUUUUCGAACAAUUCGACAAAGUACUGCUUCUCGACAACGGCAAGCAAAUCUACUAUGGUCCACGGGAAGAUGCGGUCCCCUUCAUGGAGGAUCUCGGAUUCGUUUGUGACCCAGCGGCGAACCAGGCGGACUUCUUGACCGGUGUUACCAACCCUAGUGUACGAGUCAUUGCUGAUGGGUACGAGGAGAAGUUCCCACGCAAUGGCACAGAUAUACGUGCAGCGUACGGACGCUCACCCAUCAAAGCAAAGAUGAUGGCCGAGCUCGACUACCCGAACAGCGACGAGGCAAAGCAGAACACAGCCGACUUUAAAGAGAUGACAGCUCGCGACAAGCACAAGUCUCUUCCCAAGGAAUCUCCAGUCACUACAAACUUUUAUUCCCAAGUCAAGACCACUGUUAUCCGGCAGUACCAGAUUUUGUGGGGUGACAAGCCAACAUUGAUUGUGAAGCAGGUUUCUACUGUUAUCCAAGCCCUCGUUGCAGGAUCACUAUUCUAUUCGGCCCCAGAUAACUCUUCCGGUCUCUUUCUCAAAGGCGGCGCAGUCUUUUUCUCGUUGUUGUAUCCGGCUCUCAUCGGGCUCUCCGAGGUGACGGACUCGUUUACUGGCAGACCCGUGCUAUCUAAACAUCGAUCAUUCGCGCUGCACUACCCUGCGGCCUUUGUCAUUGCCCAAGUGAUUACCGAUAUCCCCCUGGUAUUAUUCCAAAUGUCACAUUUUGGCAUCGUCAUCUACUUCAUGGUCGGACUCAAGACUACUGCUGAAGCCUUCUUCACGUACUGGAGCCAUCUAGUCAUCACUGCCCUGUGCAUGAUCGCUUUCUUCCGCAUGGUCGGCGCGGCGUUUCCAACAUUCGAUGAUGCUACCAAGCUUUCGGGUUUCAGCGUCUCUUCACUCUUCAUGUAUAUGGGAUACAUGAUUAUCAAGCCUGAAAUGAAAGACUGGCUAAUUUGGAUCUACUGGAUCAACCCCAUGGCCUAUUCUUUUGAAUCUCUUCUCAGCAAUGAACUUCAUGGUCAAGAAAUUCCUUGCGUUGGCCCUAACAUGGUUCCAAACGGCGCGGGAUAUCAAUCUGGAGAUGGCGGACAAGCAUGCGCUGGAGUUGGUGGUGCACGUCCAGGCGCCACCAGCGUGACGGGUGACGACUAUCUUGCGCAUCUAUCCUUCCAUCAUAGCCACGUGUGGCGCAACUUUGGGAUUGUAUGUGCAUGGUGGAUCUUCUUCAUCGCACUCACAGUCUUCUUCACUUCGAGAUGGAAGCAGAUGGGUGAGGGCGGUUGUGGUCUACUUAUCCCAAAAGAACAGAAGAAAAGGUCAACAUUCAUCCAAGCAGCGGAUGAAGAGUCUCAGCCUGUCGAAAAACCACACCCCAGCUCCGAUUCUGCAAAGUCUGACGAUACCCUUACUGAUCAGCUCAUCCGCAACACUUCGAUCUUUACAUGGAAAAAUCUCACAUACACCGUCAAGACACCUUCCGGUGAUCGCUUGCUUUUGGAUAAUGUGCAAGGUUUCGUCAAACCAGGAACCCUCGGAGCUUUGAUGGGAUCAUCUGGAGCCGGAAAAACGACCUUGCUAGAUGUUCUCGCCCAAAGAAAGACCGAUGGUACGAUUCAUGGAUCCAUCAUGGUCGAUGGCCGAGACCUUCCCGUGUCUUUUCAACGUUCCGCUGGCUACGUCGAACAACUAGACGUGCACGAAUCGCUUUCGACGGUGCGCGAGGCCCUUGAAUUUUCUGCACUACUCCGCCAGUCUCGCGAUACUCCUCGAGAAGAAAAGCUUCGCUAUGUGGAUACUAUUGUCGAUCUCUUGCAACUUCAAGAUAUCGAACACACGCUGAUCGGCCGUCCUGGUGCCGGAUUAUCCGUAGAGCAACGCAAAAGACUGACUAUCGGCGUUGAGCUAGUAUCGAAACCAAGUACCCUCAUCUUUCUCGACGAGCCGACGUCUGGGCUCGAUGGCCAGGCGGCAUACAACACGGUGCGCUUCCUGCGUAAGCUUGCGGAGGUCGGACAAGCCAUCCUGGUGACGAUCCAUCAACCAUCGGCACAGCUCUUUGCGCAAUUCGAUACUCUCCUCCUCCUUGCCAAGGGUGGAAAGACCGUUUACUUUGGUGAUAUUGGAGAUAAUGCAAGCACAGUCAAGAGCUAUUUCGCAGCCAACGGAGCGCCAUGCCCACGAGCGGCAAAUCCCGCCGAACACAUGAUUGAAGUUGUUUCUGGCAGUCUGUCCAAGGGAAUGGACUGGAAUAAGGUCUGGCUGGAAUCGCAAGAGCACCAGAGAAUGUCUGCGGAACUGGAUAGGAUCAUCGCCGAGGCCGCCGCCAACCCACCAGGUACAGUCGACGAUGGAACCGCCUUCGCAUCACCCAUUUGGGACCAAGUCAAAAUUGUCACGCACCGGAUGAACGUUUCCCUAUACCGCGAUACCGCCUAUGUGAACAACAAGGUCAUCAUGCACAUCAUGCUAGCGUUGCUGAACGGAUUCUCGUUUUGGAAGAUCGGCCACAAUCUUAGCGACCUGCAACUCCGCCUGUUCACCGUUUUCAGCUUUAUCUUUGUGGCGCCGGGAGUGAUUUCUCAACUCCAACCACUCUUUAUCAAGCGCCGCGAUAUCUACGAGACGCGCGAGAAGAAGAGUAAGACUUAUCAUUGGGCGCCGUUCGUGACCGGAUUGAUCGUUUCGGAAGUGCCUUACUUGAUAGUAUGUGCUCUUAUGUACUUUGGGUGCUGGUACUUCACUGCCGGAUUACCAGGCGCAGCAAAGUGGGCAGGCAGUACCUUUUUUAUCGCAGUCCUCUACGAAUUCCUCUACACCGGUAUUGGGCAGAUGAUUGCUGCUUACUCGCCCAACGUCGUCUUCGCGUCGCUCGUCAACCCACUGGUCAUCACCACGCUCGUGUCUUUUUCUGGAGUAUUGGUUCCUUACAGCCAGAUCCAGACCUUUUGGAGAUACUGGAUGUACUACCUCGAUCCCUUCAACUAUCUCAUCUCCUGUCUUCUCGUCUUCACCACUUGGUCUGCAGACGUGGUAUGCAAAGAAGAGGAACUUGCCAUUUUCGAACCAGCCGCCAAUCAGACUUGCGGACAAUACCUCUCCAUCUACCAACAGGGCAUGGGCGUUGGCACACAUCUACUCAACCCAGAUGCUACAUCUGGGUGCGAGGUGUGCCAGUACAAGACUGGAGCGGACUAUCUUCGAGGAUUGAACGUGAAGGAGGAGUACUAUGGCUGGAGGAAUGUGGGCAUCGUUGCGCUGUUCGUUGUAAGUAGUUACUCACUCGUCUUCUUGAUGAUGAAGUUGAGGACAAAGGCUACGAAGAAGGCAGACUAG